AUGACUGUCCAGAGACCCAGUGACAUCGAUCCCUUCUCCGACUAUGCUGCAAUUCAAGAUGAACGCGAAUCCAUGAUCGAGUCUACCCUGAGCGUUGGUCGCAAUGCCACUCUUACUCUUGGGACCGAUGCGAUCAUCGUCCUGGACGAAGGGCUCCGCAAAGACACGGGAUUCUCAUGUUUUGGAUUGCUACCUCAAAGAACGACCAACACUCGCUCCGUCCCAUACUUCAAUGUGCUCUGGGCGGAAAUUGUCAAGGAUGACCUCACCAUCCGAUACGCCAAACCGACCUCCAAAUCUGCAAACUCUCCCGUACAUGUCGCAUAUAUCAACUACACUCUAGAAGACUCGACGUCGGCAUUAGAAAAGGCGUCGAAAUGGGUGGGACAUCUGCUCGACCGCGCGUACGGUCAAUCCCAGCGCAACAAGAGAAUAAAACUAUUGAUAAACCCGUUCGGAGGAGCAGGAAAGGCGGCCAAACUGUACACCAAAGACGUCGAACCCAUUUUCGCCGCGGCCAGAUGUGAGGUAGACGUCGAGCGGACAACGCACCCGGGCCACGCUGUGGAAAUCGCGGAAAAGCUGGAUAUAAAUACGUUUGAUGUCCUUGCGAGCGCGUCCGGUGAUGGCCUCCCUCACGAAUGCAUAAACGGUCUGGCCAGGAAACCCAAUGCGGCGGAAGCUCUCAGAAAAGUUGCUGUCGUCCAACUCCCCUGCGGUACGGGCAAUGCCAUGUCAUGGAACUUGACCGGGACAGGAGAAUGCAGCACUGCAGCAUUAUGCAUCGUGAAAGGUGUGCGGACGCCUCUCGAUCUCGUCAGUGUUACGCAGGGAGACAAGAGGACGCUCUCGUUCCUCUCGCAGUCACUUGGCAUAGUAGCAGAGAGCGACCUGGGGACUGAAAACAUGCGGUGGAUGGGUGAUGCUAGAUUCACCUUUGGUUUUCUCGUCCGAUUGAUCGGGAAGACACUGUAUCCCUGUGACAUCGCUGUGAAGAUGGAGAUCGAGGACAAGCAGGAAAUCAAGCGUCACUAUGCCCGACAAAUGGCCAGACGAGAAAGUCAAAGCCUGAUUUCACCCUCUGAGCUGGAUGGACCAUUGGACGCUUCAACCGGCCUCGGACUACCGCCAUUGCUAUAUGGAACGGUCAAAGAUCCACUGCCCACAGAUGCCGGGUGGUCACCGCUGGUCUCAUACCCCAACCUGGGCAACUUUUACUGCGGUAACAUGACCAUGAUGGCGGCAGACGCACCGUUUUUCCCGGCAUCCCUUCCCUCCGAUGGCCUCCUGGACCUAGUCACCAUCGACGGCGACAUCGGACGUAUGAAAGCGGUGAACCUCCUCUUGUCCGUACCGAAAGGCACCUUCUUCGACCAAGAGUGUGUGCGAGUGCGCAAGGUCAAGGCCAUCCGCGUGAUUCCCCGCUUCGGCAGGCUGGCUGAUAUGGCCGACAACGAGCAGCGGCAGAAUAAAUUGGGCAGGAUGCUCGACCGCAUGGGCGUGGCGGCCAACGGCCGCAAUGCCUCUCGGGACAGCGGAUACUUCAGUGUCGAUGGUGAGAAGUUGCCCUUUGAGCCGUUCCAGAUCGAAGUACAUCGGGGAUUGGGUACAGUGCUGAGUAAGCGUGCUGGUGUUUAUGAGGCGAUCGGGCCCAAAGGUUGGGAAGAUAUUGACGUUGGCGCCGAAGACGGGGAGAUAUCCGUGUCAUGA